AUGGGUGUCCAAGACGUUCUCUCCCGCAAGUCCGGUGUCAUCGUCGGUGACGAUGUCACUGCUCUCUUCAACUACGCUCGCGACCACAAGUUCGCCAUCCCCGCCAUCAACGUGACCUCCUCAUCCACAGUCGUCGCCUCCCUCGAGGCCGCCCGCGAUGCCAAGUCUCCCAUCAUCCUGCAGACCUCCCAAGGUGGUGCUGCCUUCUUCGCCGGAAAGGGCGUUGACAACAAGGACCAGUUUGCCUCCAUCCAGGGCUCCGUCGCUGCCGCUCACUACAUCCGUGCCAUUGCUCCCGCAUACGGCAUCCCCGUCGUCCUGCACACCGACCACUGCGCCAAGAAGCUGCUGCCCUGGUUGGAUGGCAUGCUCGAUGCCGACGAGGCCUACUUCAAGGAGCACAACGAGCCCCUCUUCUCUUCCCACAUGAUCGAUCUCUCCGAGGAGCCCGUCGAGUGGAACAUUGAGACCACCGCCAAGUACCUCAAGCGUGCUGCUCCCAUGAAGCAGUGGCUCGAGAUGGAAAUUGGUAUCACUGGUGGUGAGGAAGAUGGCGUCAACAACGAGGAUGUUGACAACAACUCUCUCUACACUCAGCCCGAGGACAUCUGGAACAUCUACUCCACCCUCUCCGCCAUCUCCCCCUACUUCUCCAUUGCCGCUGGUUUCGGCAACGUCCACGGUGUCUACAAGCCCGGCAACGUCAAGUUGCACCCCGAGCUCUUGGGCAAGCACCAGGAGUACGUUACUGAGCAACUUAAGAAGAAGGGCGAGAAGGGCCCCGAUGAGAAGAAGCCCGUCUACUUUGUCUUCCACGGUGGCUCUGGCUCUUCCAAGCAGGAGUACCUCGACGCCAUCAGCCACGGUGUCGUCAAGGUCAACAUGGACACGGACAUGCAGUUCGCUUACUGCGCCGGUAUCCGGGAAUACAUGGUGUCCAAGAACGAUUACCUCAAGACUCACGUCGGCAACCCCGAUGGCCAGGACAAGCCCAACAAGAAGUACUACGACCCCCGUGUCUGGGUCCGUGAGGGUGAGAAGACCAUGACCAAGCGUGUCUCCGAGGCCCUUAAGGACUUCAACACGGCUGGCUCUGUUUAA